GUAAGCUCCCAAUUUACCAGACCGACCUUACGGUGUAGGAACAUAGUUCUACCCUAUUAAUGUAGCGGUGUAGCUCUGUAAUCUCGUCCAUUGCACCCACGCCCACCAUCACUCGCUUUGGUAGAGCGAUAGAUCACGAAACAAAUUCUCUCUAAAUAUAUACUCCCUUCGUUUUCGCUCAAUUUCUUCUUCAGAUUUGGCGGAAUGACAGUCGAGAUUGAAAACCCUAAUUCCGUCUCUAAUGGAGAUUUAAAGCAAAACAGCACCAACAAGAAAUCUAAAGAGAGCGAGAAGCGUAGACGCAGGAGAAAGCAAAAGAAAAAUAAUAAGAAACAAAAUAACAUCACUGAAACUGAUAGUGAUGACAACGUUAAAGAAAACUCCGGUCCGCACCAGCCUCUUGAAAAAGUUGAAAUUGAGUAUGUCACCGAGAACCUUGAAUUUGGGGAUGCUUACGCCGAGUUGAAGAGCGUCUUUGAGAAGUUUAAUGUUAAGGAAGCUGCUGAUGCAGAGGAUAAUGAUAAGAAGGAUGAAGAGGAGAAAAAGGUAACGAAGAAGAAAGAUGACUCUGAUUCAGAUCAAGAAGAAGAGCAAGAUGCCAACCAGAACGAGAAAGGAGGGGUUUCAAAUAAAAAGAAGAAGUUACAACGGAGGAUGAAGAUUGCUGAACUGAAACAAUUAUGCGCAAGGCCUGAUGUGGUUGAGGUGUGGGAUGCAACAGCAGCAGACCCAAAGUUGCUAGUGUUUCUCAAAUCGUACCGAAAUACUGUUCCUGUGCCAAGGCAUUGGUGUCAAAAGAGGAAAUUCUUACAGGGAAAACGUGGUAUUGAGAAACAGCCUUUUCAACUCCCUGACUUCAUUGCGGCAACCGGAAUCGAGAAAAUUAGACAGGCGUACAUUGAGAAAGAGGACAGUAAAAAGUUGAAACAGAAGCAACGUGAGCGAAUGCAACCAAAGAUGGGAAAGAUGGAUAUUGAUUAUCAGGUUCUCCAUGAUGCCUUCUUUAAAUAUCAGACCAAGCCUAAGCUUACUAGUCAUGGGGAGCUCUAUCACGAAGGGAAAGAGUUUGAGGUGAAAUUACGAGAGAUGAAGCCAGGUAUGCUGUCACAGGAUUUAAAAGAAGCCCUUGGUAUGCCAGAGGGUGCGCCUCCCCCAUGGCUUAUUAAUAUGCAGAGAUAUGGCCCCCCUCCGUCUUAUCCACAUCUUAAAAUUCCUGGUCUGAAUGCUCCUAUUCCUCCCGGUGCUAGCUUCGGUUAUCAUCCUGGAGGUUGGGGUAAACCGCCUGUUGACGAAUAUGGGCGUCCAUUAUACGGAGAUGUCUUUGGAGUGCAGCAACAGGAACAACUUAACUACGAGGAAGAGCCUGUUGAUAGGAGCAAGCAUUGGGGAGAUUUGGAGGAUGAGGUAGAAAGCGACGAUGAUGAUGAUGUGGAUGAAGAUAUUCCAGAAGAGGAAUUAGAUGAUGGAACUAAAUCCGAGGGUGGAGAGAGUAUACUGUCAAGCACUCCUGGUGGUGUGGAGACACCAGAUGUCAUUGAACUACGGAAGCAGCAGAGAAAAGAACCUGAGAGACAACUGUACCAAGUGCUUGAAGAAAAAGAAGAAAAGAUCGCUCCUGGAACCUUGCUUGGGACAACACACACGUAUGUGGUUGGUGCUGGAGCACAGGAAAAGGCUGCAGCUUCCAAAAGGGUUGAUCUACUUCGAGGUCAAAAGGCAGAUAAAGUUGAUGUCUCUUUCAAACCAGAGGAAUUGGAAGGGUUGGAGAACCUGGAUGGUGUUCUGGCUGCCAAGUACGAGGAAGCAAGGGAAGAAGAGAAACAGCGUAGCCAGCGUGAGGAUUUCAGCGAUAUGGUUGCGGAGAAUGAGAAGAAGAGGAAGAGAAAGAUGUACGAGAAGGAUGGGAAAUCAAAAAAGAAAGAUUUCAAGUUUUAGAUAUUGUAAUAUUUGUACCUGUGUUAGAAUAGUAACAGAGCCUGGGGAAAGUAUGCGGAAAGCACUGGAUCCGUAUAUUUUGGUUUUCUUAGCAUUUUCUAACUGGCAGAAGUUUCUGUUUCUCUCAUGUCCUGCACUGGUUUAAAUGUUUUGAGCUGAGUUUAUAAUUUACUCUCAUCUGUAGUCUUAAGGAAUUUUGUAAGCCUGGUUCUUGCUUUCACUGGCGUAAAGUUGUACAGGAAUGUGUUUCUGAAAUUACUUAAAAGCAUUUUGUUGUUGGUGUCUUUUUAC